AUGCAGACCACGAGGCACCAAGGCUAUCGUGGUCGGGUCCGGAGUGGCUGUCUCACUUGCCGAGCCCGGAAAGUCAAAUGCGACGAGGCCAAACCUGUCUGUAAUAACUGCACACGGUUACAACGUCAAUGCACAUACAAGCCCCGCAGAGUCUUUCGGCAGACUGCCAGCGCCGAUAACUCGCCACCCGGUCAACCAUCGUCAUUCCACUUUGAGGGUAUACGUCAAGAACCAGAGGCAAAUGAUAUCAACCAGUCCCACUCAAGUCCAUCACUUACAGAUGAGUACGAGCUUCAAGGGACAUCAAGGGUGCUCUCGACUGAGAGGACGAAUCAAACCCCUUUUCUAUACGAGGGCAGGACGAAUGUAGAUGUCACUGCUUGCUUACAGAAAGCUCUUCAAUACCGAAGUGCAGUUCCUAUCGUGAAUGACAACUACGAGCGCGAUGAGUCGCCAUUGAAUUUGAUAUCACGAGAUAUCGAGUUGACCACUACGCUUGAUAUCCUUACCCUCCGCACCCAGUCCCCGUACAUGACGGAACUCUUCCUUGAUACAGUGGAAUGCCCUGGAAUCACGCCAUUCGACCCUAUAAACUGGAAACUAGCAAAGCAGCAUAUCGGACAGGUCUUUGCGCUUUCGACGUCUGAAUCACUAUCUCACUAUCACUCCGCGAGGAAGAAUGUCGAAGAGCUCUUGGAAGAUGACGACAAGGACUUUGACCUUGUCUUAGUGGCCGUCUUUCUGUUGUGUAUGUUUGAGUUAAUACACUCUGGAGAUAUCGUGCCAUACCUGAGAGAGCCAAGAUUGAUCUUCACUCAGAGGCUGCAAGCUUGGACACAGACUCAGUCUUCACGCUCGGAGCUUUGCAUCCGCAUAGUUACCUGGUUGAAGAUUCUCUAUUCAGCCUCCUUUCGAGGUGGAGCAAUGGGUCUGCUAUCUGAGAGGGUAGUUAGUCUUCUCCCUAAUUUCACCAGCCCAAUACCGAUCCUCAGGCCUCCUGCCAGCCAAGAGCCAGAGAUAUCCAACCAUUUAUACGAAGUCUUGAGCGAUCCAAUAUUCGACUUCUAUUGUCAACUUCAAACGUUAUCUGGAGAAAUUGCCAAACUUUCACUUUACCAUCGUUCACGCACGAAACGUAAAGACCAGCAGGAGGUUGUUGAGCGUAUGGCGAGUUUAAAAGCCCGACUUCGAGCACUGUGGGAGAGACGGUGCGCCACGCAGCGUCAAUCUCCAGAGCAUUUGCGCUCUCAAAUGGUUCCCCGAAUCGCAAACAUGAUUUCAAGUCUCAUCAAUGUUUGUGAGGCUGCAUAUCAUGCUGAGUUCAUUGAUAUAGGCAGACAACUCGGCGAUCCCGUGUCUCAGACGGCAGAUUCGAGGGAUGCUUUACACAGGAUCAAGGAGAUUCUGGACGAUUGCCAGGGUGAAUCAGGGGGGAUUAAUCCUGGCUAUCUGAGACCAUUAUUCCUCUGUGCUAUAGAAAGUACAGACAAGGAGCAGACCAAUUGGGCGGUGGAGAAGCUUGCCAACAUCCAGAACCCUGUCUAUCGUGGAGAGUUCUUCUCGGCGUUUGCGAAGGCACUUUCAGAAGCACAAACGCGUAACGAUAGGAGGGUUACCUCGAGGUAUUUCUGCAUCUGGUAUUUUGGAAUCACGCCACCAUUUCUGUAGGAGUGCAGGUAGAGCCUGGGC